GGGGUGUGAGGGGCGGGGACGUGCGCUACGGAAGCCGAAAGAGACGCGGGGCGGUGACGGGUGCAGUAGCGGCCGCAGCAGCGAUGGCUGCGGAUGGUGAGCGCUCCCCGCUGCUGCCCGCCGAGUCUGGCGAUGGGGGCGGCCUCGGCUCGGGAGGCUUGGUGGGGCCGGCGAGUCUGGCGUCAGGGCCCGCCUCGAUUGCUCCGGGGAAACCGAAUCCGCCGCAGGGAUUUUCCUCCUUCAGCAGUCUCAAUGAUGGGAGCCAAGCCGCCAUACUGCCUGCAGAAGAUCCCCCGCCGUAUUCCCCGAUGGCAUCACCAGAGAGUGGCAGUGCCCCUAUGAUCACUUGCCGAGUCUGCCAGAGCCCCAUCAACGUGGAGGGAAAGAUGCAUCAGCACGUAGUGAAAUGUAGUGUUUGCAAUGAAGCCACGCCAAUUAAAAAUGCCCCACCUGGUAAGAAGUAUGUGAGAUGCCCUUGCAAUUGUCUUUUGAUCUGCAAAGUGACCUCACAACGCAUUGCCUGUCCGCGGAUAUAUUGUAAAAGGGUCAUAAACUUAGGCCCCGUUCACCCUGGCCCUCCAAGUCCGGAGCCUCAGCCCGUGGGCGUGCGUGUCAAUUGCGGCCAUUGCGAAAAUAAUUUCCUGUGGACAGAAUUCACCGAUCGCACUUUAGCCCGGUGCCCACACUGCCGCAAAGUCUCCUCCAUUGGGCGCCGCUAUCCGAGGAAAAGGUGUUUCUGUUGUCUUCUGCUGGGUGUGCUGAUGGCCGUGACAGCAACGGGGUUGGCGUUUGGUACCUGGAAACAAGCCCAGCAGUACAGGGGCGUCUAUGCUGCCUGGGCGGUGGUGAUUUUCCUGGCUUUGAUUUUCCUUGGCCGAGCUAUGUACUGGGCUUGUAUGAGGGUCAGCCACCCCAUCCAGAACUUCUCGUGAGCCUCUCCAAGCUCCUCUUGGUUUCCCACCGCUGCUGUACCAUCUCAUCUCCGGGGAUCCAGCCCCAUCUUCUCCCCUCCGCUUCCAUUUGAAGUUGAGUCUGCCAUGCCACCUUCUAGCUGUGCCCGCUCCCAGUGUCAUCAUCUGAAUAACUGUGGGACAACCGUGAUAUCUAUGAGUCUUCUUCCAUCUCUGUUGCUCUGAGCCAGGAUUGGUGGCAAAAGUAAAGUACAAUUGACUCCCAAGGGAGCUGAAGCCCAGCUCUGUAAGGUUCGGAGGCAAAAGUUCCUAUCGAUCCUGCAAGUAACAGAACACUUAAUCGUUCCUAAAAGAAACUUGAAUGCAGCUGGAUGGUUUGGGAUCAAACCAGCGGCGGCUGUUCCGGUGACAUUUGGAGAUGGCCCAGCCCAAACAGCGGAACCCCUUGAGAUACACUACAGGUCUUCAGCGAGGGCAGUUCAGAAGAUGGUGUUCAGGAUUCUGUUCUUGGCUCCCAUCGGAGGCAGUUUAAAUCUUUCCUGGCUGAGAGGAGAAGGCCAAAAGACUGCCGAGGCAUCGCUGCUGUAUCGAUUUGUCCUGUUUUUGUCAUCCCGUGUUCUGUAAUGUGGGGUAGCUCAAGCUGCCGGGGUUGAGGCCGUUUCCACAAUCCUUACAUGUGAAUGGAAUGAGAGAAUGGGCCCUGAGGAAUGAGAGAAGGCCCGUCCCAUAAAGGUUAGUACUAAAAAGGCCCGGGAUUGGGGGCUGUCAGAUGUUCAUUGAGUGAAUUUCAGCCCCUACCUCCCCCUUUCCGUGAUCUACAGGGGUGAGAUCCAGUGGUCUUCCGCUAAAGUUUAGGUUCAUUCACUGUGGGACUCAUUUCUCCUUUUUGUUUUCUUUAUCUUUGCACAUUCCUUGAAGGGAGCUAUUUCCUUGUUUCUUCUCCAAAAAUCCAAACUCUUGUUUUCAGGGGGCGGGGGGUGAGAGGAGAGCAGCCUUAGAGACCAUCACGUCUCUCUUAAGGAGCCCUUUCAACCAUUGCUAUGGUGUUUAUAUUGUUUUUGUUUGAAGUGUUGAAGGGAGAACAGCUGAUCAACCCCACCUGCGUUGGAGGGAGGGGGGGGCUUAAUUUCAACAGUGAUUUCUGUCUCAAGAGGCACAGACUCUCCCUUGCAAGACCUGUCUUCUUCCAGAGCCUACUAAAUUAGACCUUCAUCCCUUCUUUUGUCUUACUAGUUGAUGACAUAGACCAGGGGUUCUCAACCUUGGCAACUUUAAGACUUGUGGCAAAGCUGGCUGAGGAAUUCUGGGAGUUGAAGUCCACAAGUCUUAAAGUUGCCAAGGUUGAGAACCCCUGACAUAGUCCAAAGGGGGAGGAAAUGGUGCAUGUACUCUGUUGUACAGAGGAAGGAGGCCCUCAGUCAUGCGGCAAACAAGAUAUUCUGCUUAGGGAAACGCCUCAAAUCCUGCUACGAACCUGGCUUGACUUUUUUCAGCGGGACUCCUCUACCCCGUCUUCUCUCGUGGCCUCAGAUUUUAAUUCUCCCACCUCCACGUCAUUAAGCUUAUAGCCCCAAGUGUGUUGCAGCUUGUAUAUAAGGAGUAAAAUGUACAUAGAACUAUUUAAGAUAAACUUUCCUCCAUGUUGGCUGCCUGCCUGCCUGCGUGCUUGCACCGUCUGUCUCUUUUUUUUUCCCCAGCCAUGAUUGAACACGCCGGUUGUCCUUUUCCUUCUCUUCCACAGGCACAGGAGGAAUGAAUUGGAUAGUUGUAAAUAAAUAAAAAGUAAGCUAUUCCAUGUCUGACUCAUUGGACGGGAA